AUGCCCAUAGUCACCAUACACCACAGUGCACACGACACCAGCGAGCGAGCACGCCAUCAUCAUGGAUUGAUUGGCGACGGGAGAUCUUUUCCCUUUCCAAGUACAGGUAUGGUACAGUUGAGCAGAAGACGACCAAAAGCAACGAGGCAGGUCGAGCACGAGGAUGCCACGAGGCUGGCGCAUGGGUGUGGGAACGCGUGGCACUGUCUGCGGGCAGGUGGGGGUCGUUUGCGACAGGUGAGGUGGGUUGGGAGGAGAGGGGGAGGGAGCUUGUUCAUGUCACCUACUGUUUCCAUCUUAGUUGGAUGUGGUCAUGGUAGCGAGCUGUGA